AUGGAAGGUCAGAUCAAUUCUGCUUUGAGAUAUCUCAGUGAGGCUGAUUGUGAUGGAGUGUUGCCUUUGACUGACGACGUGAUGAGACAGCUUCAGGAGAAACACCCUGAGGCACAAGAGGCCAAUCUUGGCUCGUUACUCUUCGGGCCAUUUGAGGAAGUGCACGAUUCGUUAUAUCAGCAGAUCGAUGGCGAAAUGAUACGCGAGACAGCAUUGCGAACCAAGGGCUCCGGCGGCCCUUCAGGAGUGGAUGCAAAUGGAUUCAAGCGUAUUUUCGCAUGUAAAUCGUUUAAGAAAUCAGGCGUGAACUUGUGUGAGGCAGUAGCAACAAUGACCCGGCGGCUAUGUACGGAAUACAUUGACCCGAGAACUAUCGAGCCUAUAUUAGCCAGCAGGCUUAUACCUCUUGACAAAGGCGAGGGUGCGGUUCGUCCAAUUGGCGUCGGGGAAGUUAUCAGGAAGAUUGUCGGGAAAUGUGUUAUGAAAGUGAUUAAGCCCGACGUGAUUGAUGCCAGUGGCUCGCUACAGGUGUGCGCAGGUCUUAAGAGCGGAAGUGAGGCAGCUGUUCAUGCGAUGCACUCCAUAUUUGAAGAAGACAGUUCUGUGUCCAUCUAUGUCAACCUACGCAAUUAACACCUAUCGCGAACCAGCUAGACUAUUUAUAUCUGGUGGAGGAGAGCUCAAGUCCACCGAGGGUACCACACAAGGUGAUCCCCUGGCCAUGGGGAUGUAUGCCAUCAGUCUUCAACCCCUGAUCACCGGAUUGAAUGUGUCAAGCAAUGUUAAGCAAUGUUGGUUUGCUGACGACGCGAGUGGCGCGGGACUUCUGGAAGAUAUCAAGCGAUGGUGGGAACACCUGAAUGAAGCUGUCCCUAAUUUGGGAUACUUUCCAAAUGCUAAGAAAUGCUGGCUGAUCAUAAAGCCUGGAAAAGAAGAAAGUGCUCAUGCUAUUUUUGAUGGGACAGCGAUCAAUAUCUCUGCACAGGGGCAAAAGCAUUUGGGCGCAGCCUUGGGUUCUAUGGCUUUCCUGAAAGAAUACGUCAACGGCAAGGUAGAGGACUGGGUUAGCCAAAUCGUCAAGCUAGCUGAAUUCGCAGCGUCACACCCACAAGCCUGCUAUGCCACCUUCAUCUUUGGCCUCCGCUAUCGAUGGACGUAUUUUCUUAGAACACUUCCAGAUAUAGAAGAUUUACUGGAGCCCUUGGAGCGUGCUAUUGCUGAUGUCCUGAUACCAUCAAUUACGGAUCAUCACUGUACAAAGAGUGAAAGGGAUCUCCUGGCACUCCCAGUACGAAUGGGCGGUCUUGGCCUUAUAAAUCCUAGACAGGAUGCAGCACUGCAGUACGAAACGUUGAUAAAGACCACAGCGCCACUGGUAGAGAAAAUUAUCGCACAAGCCUACGAAAUUCCAGAUGACUCUGUUAUUCACACACUGCAGCAGAAUGCGCGAAAUGAAAAGAACGAAGUACUUCAGGCUAAACGGGAUGGUAUUAAGAACUCUCUACCCCCGAAAACACGGCGUGCUAUGGAACUAGCAACUGAAAAAGGUGCAUCCAACUGGCUAACAGUUAUCCCCAUUAAGGAAAUGGACUACAAUCUGAACAAGGGUGAGUUUCGAGACGCAGUAAAGCUGAGAUAUGAGUGGAAAAUUGCUGAUAAGCCAUCAGUAUGCGUGUGUGGCGAUACUUUCAAUAUUCAUCACGCAAUGAUCUGCAAGCGAGGUGGGUUCAUUAUACAGCGACACAACGAACUGCGAAAUCUUGAGGCUGAUAUGCUUAACAUCGUCCGUAAUGAUGUCGAGGUUGAACCCGUUCUUCAAGAGUUAACUGGCGAGGUUUUACCAAGAGGAGCAAAUACAGCAUCCGACGCUCGCCUAGAUAUCCACGCUCGAGGGUUUUGGGAGAAACAAAGGUCCACGUUCUUUGACGUUAGGGUUUGUCACCCCAACGCGGAAUCCUACAAAGACCCGAGCCCUCAACAGAUAUACAGGCAACAUGAAAACGAGAAGAAGAGGAUGUAUGCCCAAAGAGUGAUGGAGAUAGAACACGGAACGUUUACACCACUAGUAUUUACAACGACUGGAGGCAUGAGUGAAGAGUGCAAGAGGUAUCAUAGCAGAUUUGCCGAGCUCAUAGCAGCGAAGAAAGGCGAAGACUACUCUACGACCAUGUCCUGGAUACGAGCCAAGGUCUCCUUUGCCAUCUUGCGGUCAGCUCUACUUUGUCUCAGAGGGACUAGAGCACCCAGGAGGAUAAAUACGAACGUUCAAGAAACGGACUUCGAAGUAGACAAUUCUGGUGCCAAAGUUUAGGCUUAGACUUUUACCAUAAAUUCUUACUAUAACAUAUACUAUAACAUACUACAACAAUUUAGACUCACUUCCUUAUAUAUACUAGCAAUUAGUUAUUAAUGUAGUAGGAUUAUUUUAUAAAUAAAUUAUUAUUAUUAUUAAGAAAAUUAUUAUUAUUAUUAUUAUUAUUAUUAUUAUUAUUAUUAAUAUUAUUAUUAUUAUUAUUAUUAUAAAGCUUUAUUUGCAUGACCUAAUUACAUGUAUUGCUAAGCGUACAUUAUGUACUGUUUAAUAAACGAGCAGGAGUGUUUUAUUAUGUUUAAACGGCUUCAAACACGACUACAAAUUCAAUAUAAUAGAAAUACUGCCUUAUUAGUAUUCUUUAUAUAAAGAAUACUAAUGAGGGCACGACUACAAUAGAUACUGCCUUAUUAGUAUUCUUUAUUUAAAGAAUACUAAUUAGGAGUGUUUUAUCUGGUUUAAAGCCACUGCACGUGACAUAUUAUGGUUGACAUGAUUUGCCAAUAAGCUUAUGAAUUAUUAAUGAGUGUUUGAAAUAUAUAUAAAAUGUCAGUAAUGCAUAUAACCUAUAACUAUUAAAAUAUAUAGGAAGAAGCUAUUUACAAAUAGAAAAGAAGUAUAUAAUUUAAAGAUAUAAUGUUUUUUGUUGUUGUUUUUUUGUUAAUUGCCAAUAAACUUAGUCUAAAUGUAAUUGGUUCAAAGGCAAUGAUUAAAAAAAAUUAUGAUUCACGUUUGAAUGUUUUCAUUGAAAAUAAGCAAAUUAAACAAGUUAGCAAUGCAAAACUCUUGGAGUAAUAGUUGACCAGCAUUUGUCUUGGAAAAGUAAUUCCGAAAAUAUUUGCAAAAAAAUAACUGCAGGAAUCUCUGCUAUUCGUCGAGUCAAACCUUUCGUUGACAAAUAUAUAAUGCUAUUGUUCGCCCAUACUUUGAUUACUGUUGUGAAGUAUGGCAUGUGUUUGGUGAAUCACAAUCAAAACAAGUCCAAAAACUUCAAAAUAGAGCUGCUAGAAUUAUCUUGAACAUGAGUAAUGACGUAAAUCAUUCCAUUGCUCUACGUGCAUUGGGCUGGGAGCCACUCAAAACUGAAAGGAAGAAAGCUAAUGCAAAAAUAAUGUACAAAGUAUUAAAUAAAAUGGGUCUUAAAUCACUCACUAAUCUUUUUUCAUACAAAUGUGAAAAAACAAACUACAACCUUCGUGACAUUUCAAGCGGUCUUAGUUUACCAAAACCGCGUACUAACAACAUGAAAAAUAGUUUCAUGUAUGACGGAGCACACCUUUGGAAUUCUAUUCCAAAGGAAAUUAGGGAAAGCAAAACUCUUUCAUCCUUUAGAAAUAAAAUCGCUGCUCACAAAAUUGACAUAGAGUAAAUUGAUGUAACUGUAAAUAUUCUAAUAACCUUCUUAUCAUGUAAACAAUUUAAUAUUCUAUCUUUUUAAACUUAAGUAUUUUAAUAUCUCCAUGUAACAUUUUUCUAUUUUUGCACACGCCCCCCGUGGAAAUCAGCUUCGGUUGACGGGGUCAGCGUGUAUAAAUAAAGUAUCUAUCUAUCUAUCUAUCUAUCUAUCUAUCUAUCUAUCUAUCUAUCUAUCUAUCUAUCUAUCUAUCUAUCUAUCUAUCUAUCUAUCUAUCUAUCUAUCUAUCUAUCUAUCUGUCUAUCUAUCUAUCUAUCUAUCUAUCUAUCUAUCUAUCUAUCUAUCUAUCUAUCUAUCUAUCUAUCUAUCUAUCUAUCUAUCUAUCUAUCUAUCUAUCUAUCUAUCUAUCUAUCUAUCUAUCUAUCUAUCUAUCUGGAGUCUUUUAAAAUUUUUACUGGUAUUUUAUCUUGUCCACUUGAUUUGGAGACUUUAAGCUUACUCAAAACAGUUUCAACUUCAUCAUUAGAAACCGAUUUGAACUCAAAAACAGCACUAAACGACCGAUCAAGAUAUUCUUCAAAUCCUUCUUUACUUGGUGGAAUCCUGUUGGAUAAUUCUGUACCAAUUUUUGAAAAGUAAUCGUUAAAAGUUUCAGCAAUAUCAUCCUUAUUCGUAAAUAUUUGAUCAUUUGAUUUGACUGAAAUUACAUUUGUUGUUUUAGAGGUUUUCCCAAUGAGUUGGUUUAUAUUUCUCCACAUUUCCUUAGAGUUGUUUUUUGAAUUACUAAUUACCUCUUGAAAAUAACUAGCUUUCGUAUUUUUAAUCAAUCUAUUGACAUCGUUCCUAGCUGUUUUGUAGGCCUCAUGGAAGCGAGAAGAUUUAUUUUUAAUAACUGCUUUCUUCUUUAACGUAUCACGAUAGUUCAUUAUCUUUAUUUACUCUCCAUUCAUCCAGGGGGUAUAUUUACUUUUGAUUUUUUUUAGCCUAAUAGGAGCAUGUAAGUUGGAAACCUCAUUGAACCUAUAAGUUCUUUGUAUGUUUGCAUGGCGAUAAAAUAUAAUAGUUUUGUUUGAUCCAUAAGCCCGGAUCUUCUUCUUCUUCAUUCUCAUUGAACCUAUCCUUAAAUUGUUUUCAAAGCGCAUUUGGAUCAUCACUGCUCCAAUCACAAUUCGAAAGUGUGAUAGAAAGAUCCCUUUUGAAUUCAAAUGUUUUGUAAUGCUUAAAAUUCCUUGUUUCUACAAUUGUUGGUGACGUUUUGCUAAAUGAUAUCUUUCUGCAGCCAUAAAUAAGGCUACGGUCACUGACACCCAUAUGCACCACCCCAGAAUUAAUAAUAGUUUCUGGCUUAUUAGUAAAGAACAAGUCCAACAAUGUCUGCGUUUCCUCCGUAACACGUGUUGCCUCUGUAAUUAUCUGCUUAAGUUGAAAUAAAUUGGCGAUAUCCAGAAGCCG